CACUUGUCAUCCUCCUCCUCUGAACCGCCUCGCCUCGUCCCCUCCGCUGCUUGGCUACUCCUCCGCUGCGCGCGGCUCACCGGUGGCGGCGGGCAUGGCGGAGAAGCGGGGCGGGAGGAAGGGCGUGCCGGCGCUGGGGUGGUGGCUGAUGCUGGUCGGCUCCCUCCGCCUCGCCUCCGUCUGGUUCGGAUUCUUCGACAUCUGGGCGCUCCGCGUCGCCGUCUUCUCCCAGGCAGAGAUGACUGAUGUACAUGGCCGUACUUUUGGUGUCUGGACACUUCUGACCUGCACGCUGUGCUUCCUGUGCGCGCUCAACCUGGAAAAUAAGCCUCUGUAUCUAGCCACCUUCUUAUCAUUCAUCUAUGCCCUCGGUCAUUUCCUCACCGAAUACUUGAUAUAUCACACCAUGGCUGCAGCAAAUCUGAGCACAGUUGGCUUCUUUGCAGGGACAUCAAUUGUAUGGAUGCUUCUUCAGUGGAAUUCUCAUGGGAAUCCCCGUGGUUCCCAUGCUGUUAAGCAGUCAUGAGUGAUGCUUACUCGUUGGUGCGAUGCACCCUGGGAGAGGAUGCUUGAAGAAACCUUCCAAGAGGCCCGUCACGGCUCAGUGUCAUUUUGUAAUCAAUUCUUUGGUCCUGUUGUUUAUUUUGGAUGAAACAUUUUCCCCACAGAUUUAGCCAUGAAAUUGUGAACGUUGUAAACGGCGACAGAAUCAACGGCGACAGAAUGACAUACAGGAGCUGUAACAUCAUGUUUGGUCAAAUUCAGGCACAACUGGGAAACAGACAGCUACUCAGAUAGCCACCUGUUCCUUGCUCAGAUGCCAAUCAGGUGAUGUACACAAGAGAUAUCAGUGUGUCAUGCAUUAUUAUUCUUGUAUGUGUAGACCGCAGGGCCAAUUUGUAUGAUCAUAUAUAUUCUUUGUUAUUUAUCCUAUUGCUGCUGCACACGGACGUUUCUUCCUGAAA